UUGGAAAAAAAAAAAUUAAAAAUAAAUUUCCAAUUGACAAAAAAAAAAAACAACAAAAAAACCAACAUUUAACAUGGCCGAGGAGGAAGACAGUUCCAAGGUACCUGACAUCUAUCCUAAAGCCAAAGAUGUGGAAAAGGCCAAUGUGUCUUACGAUGAUGUGGAUUUUACAAGCGGCUUUGAGACCCAAUACCGGGAGGAAUAUCGUCCACUGAAGCCGAAAAUUACCGUACCUCCCCGACAAAAUCCCUCAACGCUGUGGUAUCGUGAUCUGAAAACCAUACUCAUUGUGGCCCUUUUAAUGUCGAUUUUCCUCUUUGGCACCAUUUUCUUGACCAAAUUGGUGUUCACCACAAAUCCUCUGUAUGUCUUUGUCAUAACAUUGAUCUACGUGAUAUUGGCCAUUAUUGCGAUUGCUAUCGAGGUGAAGUCGGUGCAUGUACGUUGAGCGAGUUAUGAAAGCGGACAAGGCUAGAGGAGACGGGGAGAAAGCGGUAGACCCCAGAAAUUUUACUAUAUAUGUGAAGGUCAUGAAAAAGUGAUAAGAAUUACAAACAUUGGUCAUUAGAAUAAUGAAAUCAAUUACCUGAAGAAUUUUUUUUAUUGAGAAAAUUUUUAAGAAUUUAAUAUUGAAUAAUUGAAAAUAAAUAACAAAAAUGUAAGCAAAUUUAA